AUGCCAGACAUGAAAUAUAUUUUAGUGACUGGAGGUGUGAUCAGUGGCGUGGGAAAAGGUGUCAUUGCAAGUUCUUUUGGCACGAUUUUAAAAAGCUGUGGUAUUGAUGUAACAUCAAUAAAAAUCGAUCCUUACAUAAAUAUUGAUGCUGGAACUUUCUCUCCAUACGAACAUGGCGAAGUUUACGUUCUUGACGACGGCGGGGAAGUUGACCUUGAUCUUGGAAAUUAUGAGCGCUUCUUGGAUAUAACUCUGCAUAAAGACAAUAAUAUAACAACUGGUAAAAUAUAUCAGCAAGUGAUUGAACGUGAACGUCGGGGUGACUAUCUUGGUAAAACUGUCCAAGUUAUCCCACACAUAACUGAUGCUGUACAGGAAUGGGUUCAGAGAGUUGCUCGCAUACCAGUAACUGCUGACAACACACCACCAAGAGUAUGCAUAGUGGAGUUGGGUGGAACUAUUGGUGACAUUGAAGGCAUGUCCUUUGUAGAAGCAUUCCGACAGUUCCAAUUUAGAGUUAAAAGGGAAAAUUUUUGCUGUGCUCAUGUCUCAUUAGUUCCAAUGCCAAAAGCUACAGGUGAACCUAAGACAAAGCCUACACAGUCAUCAGUCAGAGAAUUGCGUGGUCUUGGGCUCUCACCAGAUUUGAUUCUGUGCCGCUCUGAGAAACCUAUUAACCAUAAUGUUAAAGAAAAGAUUUCAAACUUCUGUCAUGUUGCUCCAGAACAAGUUAUAUGUAUUCACGACUUAAGCUCUGUAUAUCAUGUACCCAUGUUGAUGGAAGCUCAAGGAGUAGUACAAUACCUAAAUGAGAGGCUUCAAUUAAAUAUAUCUAUGCCCCGCCCAGGCAGUUUUAUGAAAAAAUGGCGCAAUUUAGCCAAACGAGUAGAAAACCUUCGUAGAGAAGUGAAUAUUUCUCUGGUUGGUAAAUACACCAAGUUGGAAGACAGCUAUGCAAGUGUUACGAAGGCAUUACAGCAUGCUUGUAUUACAGCUGGUUGUAAACUCAAUUUGACGUACAUUGAGGCAGUAAAUCUUGAAAAACAGAGUAAAAUCGAUGACCCUGUUGGCUAUCAUAAAGCAUGGCAGGAUCUAUGUAAGAGUGAUGGUGUUAUAGUACCAGGAGGUUUUGGGCAAAGAGGACUAGAGGGAAAGAUUGAAGCUUGUAAUUGGUGCAGAGAAACACAAAAGCCGAUGCUUGGUAUUUGUUUAGGUCUACAGGCAGCAGUUAUAGAAUUUGCUAGAAAUGUAUUAGGACUUUCUGGAGCAAAUAGUACCGAAGUGGACCCUAACUGCGCAGAUAAAUUAGUUAUAGACAUGCCAGAGCAUCAUCCAGGAAAACUGGGUGGUACCAUGAGAUUGGGGAAAAGGAAAACUAUUUUGGAACCCAGUAUUGUAGCUUCAUUAUACAAGAAAGACGAAAUAGAAGAGCGGCACAGACAUAGAUAUGAAGUGAACCCGGAAUAUAUACAGAGGUUGGAGGCAGCUGGUCUGCGGUUCGUUGGGAAAGAUGAGACCAAGACUCGUAUGGAAGUGGCUAUUGUAGAAACACACCCUUUCUAUGUAACUGUGCAGUUCCACCCCGAAUACCUCUCAAGGCCAUUGUCACCCAGCCCACCUUUCUUAGGACUCAUCUUAGCAGCAACGGGUAAAUUAAAGAGCUACUUAUCAAAAGGAUGUAGAUUUAGCCCAAGAAGUCAAUCCGAUGUUAGUUCCGAUGAAGGUGACCUAGAUGAAGAAAUAUCUUUUGGUACACUAAACAUUAGCAACAACAAAAAUGGGAGUCUUGAGCCAGAGGUGAAUGGUAUACAUUAA